AUGGACGCCAACAUGAACAAUCUCCUCAAAUGGGGAAUCGAAAACUCCUCCGGAACCACCACCAAUGCCACAGACAACAAUGCCUCGUCUGCUGGUGCUCCGGCGCGGGGUCUCAAUCCGCAAGCCCUCGCCGCACUAUUCGGCGGCCCCUCCGACGCUGACCUGAUGAAAGAAGCCAUGGCGGCGCUGCACUCGGACGAAGUCGAUUUGGAAAACAAGCUCAUCGCCUUUGACAACUUCGAACAGCUCAUCGAGACGGUGGAUAAUGCGAAUAACAUGGAGAAUCUGGGUCUGUGGACGCCGCUGCUGGAGUUGCUGAAGCAUGAGGAGAAAGAGAUGCGGAAGAUGGCGGCGUGGUGUGUUGGAACGGCGGUGCAGAAUAAUGAAAAGGCGCAGGAUAAGCUCCUCGUCUUCAACGCCUUCCCCACUCUCGUGGACAUGUCCACCACCGAUCCAGACCAGGCAGUGCGCCGCAAGGCCGUCUAUGCUCUAUCUUCAGCAGUGCGCAACUACCAGCCUGGCAUGGACGAGUUCGUCAAGCAUCUCCCCGAAGGCCAAGGCUAUCCUCGCGGGGAGAAGGUCGAUGCUGGCGAUAUGGAUACCAUUGAUGGGAUCAUGAACAAGCUGAGGGCGCACCAGGUGGAUUCUGCAUAA